UCUUAUUCUGAUGCUUUUUCACAUAAAAUUUAUUAAUUAAUUUUAGAAUAAAUAACAAAUUUAUAGAUUAUCAAAGAGGAAUAGUUAAAAACAAUCUUGAAAAUGUUUAAUAUAAAAAGCAUUAAACCUAUAAACAAAGAAGGAAAUAGCUACCAAUAAAUAAUAUUUGAGUUUAAGGAAAGGAGGGAGUUAUAAAUGUAGGAUUAAACACUGAUUGCUUUGUAUUUUGAAAUUUUUUUAGUUCUAAAUGGUUAAAAAGAUAACUCAUUAAUAUAGUAAAAAAUGUAAACUGCUCUAAAAAGUAAUAAUGGUUUAAUCGAAAGAAUAAGUGCUUAUCUAUUAUAAGUAUUAGAUAUGGGCUAUUAGGAUUUUAAAUAGAAUGCAAAAGCUAUUUUUGAUCGUAUCAAUAAUGAUAUUACUAAAAUUUAGAUAAAUCAAAAUGAGUGCUUGACAACAUAAGUAUUAAGGGAGCAAGGAUAUUUAUUUACUUCUAGCUAAUAUGAUAAAAUAUAUGAUAAAGUAUAUAUUCUUGAAAUUUAAGAACCAACGCCAACCCCUAGCUCAACCGUGGAAUUUAAUGAUAACAAGGUAAAGAAUCAAAUAUCUUAAAGGUGUUCAAACUGUGAAUAUUUUUAGGAAGUAUUUAUCAAAAUAGGAGGAAAUGAUAAAAGAUAUUGCAAUUUGUGUUUUGAAGAAGCUUUUAAAAAUUAUAUUUGA